CUGGGAGAGUAAAAUGAACAUUAAGUUGGAGGCUCCAUUGAAAACAAUAAAAAGAAAAAUCCAAAUUGGCAGAGUUGUAAGACAGUUAAAAACUGCCGCACAUGGUUCCAGAAUAGCAAAAAAAAAAACAAUUGCUGAAGACGUGCGCUUGCCAGCUGGCAAAGGAAAGACAUGCUAGAAUGUAUGAUUGGAAAGAGAGAAGCAAACACGUUGGCUCUGAUCUUGGUGUCCAACAACACCGAGUAGCGCCUCAUUGAUUUUUUAUUUAUUUAUUUGUAUUUCUUUAUUUCUACUUUUUAAGGGCUGGACGAUGAAUCAAAUCUUUUUUCACGGGUCACAUUCAUUUUUUUCCCCAAAAAGUAUUUUUUCCUCUGAGCAGCUUCAGUAGGCCGCCGAUGCGCACCGUUUACGCUGAAGCGAACGGAGACGAGCUAGUUUGCUAGCCGUUUCGUCAGUCGGUUGGAGUCGGUUUGAGCUUGCAGCAGCAGACAAUGAGCCCCCCCCCCCCCCAAAAAAAUACACUGUUUAUAGACUUUUAAAGUAAAGAGUUUCAAGAAAUAAGAAGACCAAAGUAAGUAGCGCGGGAGGGAAAACUGCUGCAAAGAAACAGACAACAUGAGUGGACGUUGUUUUCCGUAUGACAAGAGCCCAGCCUGUAGGCAAUCGGGCUGCACAUUGUCAAAGAUAGAUUGCAAAAGCAGUCAUUUAUCUACACACACACGUCGACUUCAAUGGUGGUCGCGGCUGUUGCGAUGAUGAACCGCAUGCAAUCCGCACUGUCGCUUAUCCACCGGGGUUUUUUCCCAUCGAGUCAGUGUAUCACCUUUUACUCGACGACUUCCGCCGCUGUGACUCCUUAAUAAGUGUUCUUUUUUUUCUUCGUGCCGUGGGUGAGUUAAUUUUUUACCUUGAGGCGGCUUGGACUUUGUAAUAUUAUUUUUUUGGAACCUGUACUGCUUGGUCAUGCAAUAUAAUAUGCCUUUUAGUGCCACAGCAGUCCUGCCGUGCGACACGGUAGUUUCAUCUCUUCCCGCUGUUGUUUGUAUCGUGAUGAAUAUUUUUUGUAAACGUAGUCGGAAAGAGCAAGCAAGGUUUGAGAGGGGCCAGACGGAGAGAAAAGAAAAGAGACAACAAACAGCCAAAGAAAAACAACAACAACACUGUGCUGCCAACUGGUGGUUUGUUUAAUUUAUUUCACCAUGCUUUUCUUUUAACAUAUUUGUAAGGAAGUAGUUGAUGUGUUCUUUGACAUUCAAGUGUUUUUUUUUCAAAGUGCUAUGGGAAAAAAACCAAAGCAGUUUUCUGUAUACUGCAAUGAGGGACUUAAGACAUGAGAUGACUUUGUCCUCACAUAUGGUACUUGGCCGAAUACGACGACUUGGAUGUGGAGGUCUGCAAUCAUUCUGUGUGUCGUAUUUUUUCGUUUUUCUCCAUUCACAUAUUGUGCAUCAUGUUAACUUGUCUGAGAGGGAAACAAACAAGGUCCACAACUCGUAGAUGGCUACGGCCAUAUUCCUCUUAGUCGAAAAUGUCCAUCUGUCUUGUCGCAGGCUGUUUUUAUACGUCCUAGCAUUCUUGUGUGAAGCGUUUCACAACACUUGCACGUACAGUUUUCUAUUUUGAAGCUCCCGCAUGUGAAAGAAGAUUCAAUGUUCUGCCGUGUCAUCGGCAAUUCAGAUUUGGCCGUCGACUGUAUGUAUGUGGGUGAGGACAAAACGAGCAGAAUUUCCCCCGAGGUCUGAGCUCAAGACGUGACAUGCAGUCACCCCGAUCCUGUCACUGUUUUCACGUUUAUUUCCUUAUUCUUACUGCGUUUAUUUUUGGAAAGUGGUCCUUCCUGACGCUCUUUCUGGCUCUGCGCACAUCUUCUAGAUGGCUUCACGUGUCCGCUUUGGUUGACCCGGCGGUUUACAAAAGGAGAUAAGGGGGCAAACAGAAAAACAAGAAGGGACGUGAAGACUUCCUUGGCGCACUCGCGAAUGGAGAACUGGCAGCCAGCUGACUUUUGCCCCCUCUGAACAUGCUGGCUCUGAGUGUGGAGCAGGGCAGGCGAGGGGGUGCUAAAGGCGACCGUCUGCAGAAUGGAGCUGCUGUUGGACGGCCGGGCCGCCAGUCUCCCGAGCAGGGGUGCAACAUCAGGGAGAGGAUCUCCCAGUGGGAAGGUCGCAGCAAGGAUGUUGCAACGAAGGUCAACCCUCUGAACGUCGCUCAAAUUCCGUCUGAGGAUGUCCUGCGCGACGGCUGUUCGAACAGAGGCACGACCGGAGGCCUUCGUCUUAAAGAUCUCUCUAAAGCUCAGAGUUUGGAUUUAGAUUUUCGGGAAGCUCAAGCGCAGACAAGAAACGGCAGGAUUGGCACAACGUCCGAGCCCUUGCAGAAAUGCCACACAAAAUAUUUAACCUCUACCCCAGGAAACAAACCGAUGUUGCCUUUCUUAGAUUCCAACACAGACAAAAUAACAGUCGAUGGCGAGCUAAAAUCCGACUCUAUCUCAGAUGGUGACGUCGUGUCCAGACAUCUACCACUCGUAGCCAGUGACAACGAAGACAACAUGCCCGCUGGGAACUUUUAUACUUCUCGGGGUUUCUGGCGGAAUCUCGAGGAGGACCGAUUUCUUUGGGAGAAAGGCGGAAGGUCCUUAGGCGAAGCUCCUCCAAAACCACAGCGGACGUUCAAGUAUCGGGGAGCGAAAAAGGACGCAGUGCCACGGAGCGGCAGAUCAACUCACACCAACCAGCCCGGUGGAAGGGGUCGCAGGGGAGCCCACCCGCCGAGCUUCCCACCUCCUCCAUGUCCUGUCGCCAGGACCAACGGGCUUUCAAGGCAUAAAAAUAACAGGAGGUCCUUUGAGUACGAGGAUGCGCUUCAUCCGACGGCGAAGGAAGGCGCGCUGGGAAGCCAGGCUCGACACUCAGGCCUUCACCAUGCAUAUUCUGAUGAUGAUAUUUAUGAAGACAUUGUCUGUGAAGUGACCAGAGAUAAUCCUUAUGAGGAUGUCAAGUUAGUCCCAACGUGCCUUCCUAUCACCAGACCUCACGGCGCAAAGCUCCACACAAAGCCCCAGCCCAUAAAGGGGGGCUCUGGCAAAGACGAGAGGAAGACGAUGCCACCUUUAAGGGCAACCAUUGCAGAUACUCCCAAGCCUGCCACCCCCCGGCGCAUAAGCGAUUAUAAAAUGCAGAAGACACCUCAGUACGUUAAUAAGAUUGAGACCAUAUUUGACGACAAGCGAGGUAGGAAGAGAGUGAAGAAUCAAGGCUUUCCAGUACGAGGGGAGACCAGUGGAACUGAGAGCGACCCUGAAGACAAUGGCAAAGGUUUGAGGGGAUCCGUGCACAAACGGUCGACGGCGAAGCGCAGGUCCGGCUACCGCACGCUGGAGAAAGACCUGAUCCAGGCGCAACAGCAGCAGCUUUUCCAGAUCUUCGUGGUGGUGUCUCUGAGGAAAGGCUCGCCGGCCGACACCUACUCCCCAGAAAUAACACAACAGUUCCCCAAAAUGUUUGAAAAGUCAACCAGACUCUCGAAGGAAGCCGAAGAUCAACUGAAGGUCAUUCCCAAAUUCUGCUUCCCUGACAUACGUGACUGGAAGCCUUCAGCGCACACACCGAGCGAGACCUUCUCCUUCGUCCUGACUGGAGAGGACGGGAGCCGCUGGUUUUGUUACUGCCGUAAGAUCCUGCCCAGCGGAAAGGGCAAAAGGCUCCCCGAGGUUCAUUGUGUCGUCAGCAAGUUGGGCUGUUUCAACCUGUUUGCCAAGAUUUUGGAGGAGGUGGAGCGGCGCCGGGAGAUUUCCCCGGCACUCGUGUACCCUUUCAUGCGCAGUGUGAUGGAAGCGCCUUUCCCAGCUCCAGGCCGCACCGUCAUGGUCAAGAGUUUCCUUCCUGGCUCUGGGAAUGAGGUGCUGACUUUGUGUCGUCCCGUCGACUCCAGACUGGAGCACGUGGACUUUGACACGCUGCUCCAGUGUCUCAGUGUGGGGAAGCUUCUGAAGGUGUUCGCCUCCCUUCUGCUUGAGAGGAGGGUCAUCUUUGUUGCUGAAAAACUCAGUGCGCUGUCCCGUUGCGGCCACGCGGUGCUGGCACUGCUGUACCCGUUCACCUGGCAGCACACCUUCGUGCCCGUGCUUCCGACCGGCAUGUUGGACAUCAGCUGCUCGCCCACGCCUUUCCUCAUCGGGGUGCUGGCCCCGAGCUUGCCGCAGGUUCUAGAACUCCCCAUAGAGGAGGUGCUCAUCGUGGAUUUGUGUGCAGAUGAGAUUGUCACUCAGCUCGGGGAUGAGGACUGCAUCCUGCCCAGUAAACUGCAAGCAGCAUUGCAGCAGAUUCUGGAAGAGCGGGAAGAUUUUCUGGAGCGGGACGACGACGACGACGACGGCGACGACGGCGCGUCUGAAGGCCAGCCGGUGGACCUGCGCUCCCUGGUGUCGGAGGCCUUUGUGCGCUUCUUCGUGGAGCUGGUGGGCCACUAUCCUCUCCACAUGGUCGAGUCGUCCGGCGGGAGCCGCGAGCUCCAUCGCGACAACUUCCGCAAGUCUCACCCGUCGCGCGGCGUCCGUCAGUUCCUGCAGCUCUUCAUGGAAUCUCAGAUGUUCGCCGGCUUCAUUCAGGACAAAGAGCUGCGCAAGGGGGGAGGAAGAGGUCUGUUUGAAGUCCGAGUGGCCGAGUAUUUGGACUCUUCUCCCGACCCGGAACCGAGCGGAGUGAACAAGUUUCUUAAAGGGCUCGGGAACAAGAUGAAGCUGCUGCAAAUGAAAUGAAAAUGAUCAAGCAGCUUCUCUGCUUCCCGAUUUCAACUCUAAUUUGAGGAGGAAACGAGUGACUUUUUAGGAAGUGAUUGAUUCCACUGGAAACGUCUUCGAGCUUUUCAGCAACAAAUAUUCCCUCUAAUCGACCUUGUCAACGUGCGGCUGCAACAAAUUUCCCCUGUUGAAAUAUUAGAAUCUUACGAUGAAUGCGAGAAGGAUGAAUCUUAAUCUGCAUGCGGAAUGUAAAAUAGUGUGUUUAGUAGCAGGUUGAUACAUGUUUUUUGUACAUAGAAAGGUGUUUGUUUGCAUCUGAUCUUAAAAUUGAGACGUACUGCCUGAGCAGAACAUUUCUGUGUCAGGAUGAGUCUCCUCUCCCCAAGCGUAAACUGGAUUUGUACAUAUUUAUAUUUUUAUAUACAUUUUGCACAUUAAGAACCUGUGAACUUUUUUUUUUUAAAUUUAAUUAAAUCGUCAAGAACACACGAACAGGAUUGCAUUCAUGGUUGUCUUUUCUUUGUGCGUGCUCCAACCUCCUAUGAACACAGUCUUGCUAAUCAGGCUGUUUGAAUUUCGUGUUUUGAGAAUGCACCAAUAGAUUUCAAAACCCGUUGAUUCAUGACCGUAACAACAGGAUGCUCUUGUGUUCCAGUCAUUCACUACAUCUUCACAGAAGCAACCAUUAAUACGGUAAUUCUGAGUGUCUUGAAUGUAUUCAAAAGAGCUGUGAACACCGAGGAUUUUGGCACCGUAUAACGCGAGAUGGUUGAUGAUAGUGGUGAUCAAGGCUUUUACACCAAGUACCACCUAAAAAAAAAAAAAUAAAAUACUCUGCUCUCUAAAUAUCACAAUCAUGACCAACAUUAAAAUAAAGUUUUGUUC